GAGAAGUAGUUUUUUGCUAAAAAAGCUAUUUUCCCAUUUUAAUUGAAAUCUAAGAUACUUAACUGUUACCAAGAAAUGAAUUGAUAUUGAUAUAACAACGUCUGCAUUGGGCAUUUAAUUAAUAUCCAGGCUGGCUUUGUGAGAUUUGUUGCAUGACUGCUUUGCAGGCCGUCGAACGCGGCCGCCAUACGCGCCUACGCAUUUUCGUGAUGUCAGUUGAGCAGCGACAGGCUACGGCACAGUGUUAAAAUUACUGAUGGCGCAGGAGGCGGACGAAAUAGAUAUAAUGAUUAAUUAUCACGGGGGUUUCGAAAAAAUAGACCGGAAAAACAGCCGUUAUCCUUAUUGCGUCGUUUGGACACCUAUUCCAAUACUGUCGUGGUUGCUCCCCUUCAUUGGUCACAUGGGGAUCUGUACUUCUGCAGGCGUGAUAAGAGACUUCGCUGGAUCGUACUUAGUGUCUGAAGAUAAUAUGGCCUUUGGAAGACCAACAAAGUACUGGAAGCUUGAUGUUGAUAAGGUGUGUGGCACUGGCUCAGCUGCCUGGGACAAGGCAGUGCAAGACGCAUCGGAGGAGUACAAAUGCAGGCCGCACAACCUCUGCUGUGAUAACUGCCACUCCCAUGUGGCCCUGGCCCUUAACCUCAUGCGCUACGACAACAGAACGUCCUGGAACAUGGUCAACCUAUGCCUGCGGUCCCUUAUCCACGGCAAGCAUGUCAGCUGUGUGUCGUUCCUCAAGACCUGGCUGCCCUUCCUUAUGUUGACUGGAGCCCUCGUCACCUUCAUCCUAACGCUCAACCUGCACUGACCACACAAGGGACACGGAGAGGGAGACGGAGGGGAGAGAUAAUACAAGGGAUUUUCCUGCUCCGUUGUAAUCAUAAAAAGUGAAAGAAGAAGAAUAAACGUUUCGAUGGGACACUUCUUUGUGCAGUGCUAACAUUCACACUCUCAUGAGGGCAGUUAUGUCCAGCUGUUCUGGCUUGUUUCGAAGUACCUUUUACUAGAUUCAGAAAGGAAUGUCAUAUAAAUGAAUGUUUGGCUUGGGAUAGUCAUAACCAUAUACAGUGCCUUGCGAAAGUAUUCGGCCCCCUUGAACUUUGCGACCUUUUGCCACAUUUAAGGCUUCAAACAUAAAGAUAUAAAACUGUAUU